AUGGCACAUUCCCUUACAAAUCUACUGAUGCACCUUUCCAAUGAAUUAAGCUUUCUUGGGAAAAUCAUGUCGCAUACUCAAGAAUGGUGGGAUGCUUAUCAUGAUACGCAGCAAUUUGCAAUAAGAUUACAAUCAAGUCGACCUGAUGACACUGCUUUCAUUUCAUUGGUAGAAGUGGAAUCAAGAUUGGAACAAAGUAGUAGGAAUGAACCUGGAAAUAGGAAAGCACUCGAGGAUCAUUUAAAGAAACUCCAGUUCAUUCGAAGUCAGCACAAAGAACACAUCAAGGAGAGUACUAUAAUGUGUCCUGUAUGUAUGGAAUAUCUAAGCCCCACUCUUCGUCGAUUUUUCAUCAUAAUCGCGGGCUGCUGGCAUUGUUUAUGUGAACCGUGCUUUGAUGAAACUAGAAGAACAUCAUCAGUAUGUCCAGUGUGUCGAAAUCCGAUCGAUCGCACUCUCAGUAACAAAAACAACUAUCUAAUUCACUGGAAUCAAGACCUAUCUGAUGAGAUCCAUAUCAUAGGAGAUCAUAGCUCAAAAGUUAACGAAGUUCUGAGGUGUUUGCUUCGUCUUAAGCGUGAUGAUCCUGCUGCAAAAGUUGUGGUCUUUAGUUCUUGGGCUUCUAUCUUGCUAACAAUUGAAGAAGCUCUGAAGGAUAAUAGAAUCUCCUGCGGCUUACAGGAGUUCAAAUCGCCCAAUACGGAAUUCUGGGUCCUCUUAAUUCCCCUCUCACUAGGAGCCAAUGGAUUGAACAUAACAGAAGCUAAUCACGUGAUACUUGUAGAUCCGAUUCUUAAUCCGGGUAAAGAGCGACAAGCCAUUGCGAGAUUGCAUCGAAUUGGUCAAACUCGAUCUUGCACGGUGCAUAAGUUCCUGGUAGACGAGAGCAUUGAACUAAUGAUUAUGAACCAGGCAUCGUUAUCAAAUGCUUCUAAUUUUACUCGGACAAAUAAUAAUCAAGUUGAAAUUCUCCAAAUGAGCAUAGCUGAGUUAAUUCAAAUUGUAUCCGGUAGUCCAUGUCACGACGAGGGUUAG